AUGUCGAUCUUCAGCAGAUGUAGCUUGGCCACUUGGGCGCUGCUUUUGCUCUCCUGUGAUGCCCAGCAGCCUUCAAAAGACUGGUGUGCCACGGGCAUCGAGGUCCCUGACUUUAAGGAGGAUGGAGGCACUCCCAGUGUGGAGGUCUUUGUGGUCCAGUCGCCGCUCUUCUCAACAAACCCACACAUUGGCAAGAAGCUGGCCUGGCUCAACCUCUACCACACAGCGAUGGUGUUCCGGCAGGAGGUCACAGGCGCAGAGCCUCGAAAUUGGACUGUUGAGUUCGACUCGGUCACCAAUGUCCUGGGCGCCAUCCUCCCCAAGAUUCAGAACGAGACUCUCACCUGGAACAACGAUGCCCGAUACUGCGUCACUCCUGGGAUACUCUGGGGGGAGGCUCAUUGGAGCAAGAUGUUCGACCUGGCACUUGAGCUCACGAGCGCGCAGGCGCGGCAGAUCUUCACCGAGUUUGUCCCAUCCGUGAACCGCACCUCGCAUCACAGCCGCCCGCUCUACCAGCUGUGGAGGGUUGUGAGCCGGGAGUCGGAAGAGACCCUCGUCAAGGACAUUACAUGUGGAGAUGGUAUCAAUUGGAUCCUCCACUUCGCGUCCAGCCAGCUGGGAGUGCGGGUCAAAGCUGGCUUCGAGCUGAAGUUCACCUCCAUCGUCUUUCACGCAGACAGGCUGGAUCAAGUUGACGUUGGUGGUGAGCAGUGGCCGGACGUGGUCAAGUACUUUCGCGGCAUGAUCCACGUCACCGCCUCCCAGCAGACUGCGCUGGAGCGGUUGUUGGACAUGCUGCUACUGCUGCCGGUGCACUACGUCUACGACGGGAACGCCAAGGCCGGGCUCUGGGCGCAUGAGAAGGCGCUCCUUGAGUCGGGGCUCCUGACCGAGGUCUCCCACCGAGGAGCCAGCUCCAUCCUUCUGCAGCUAGUCUUGCAGGCUCCAUGCCUUGGAUGCCUCGAGCCGCCUUCGCUGCCACCGGAGGAGGAAGGCGGCCCUGCGGAGGAGGAAGGGGAGCCAGGGGAGGUGGAGGAUCUGGUGAGGAUCUACCGGCACAUGACCGACAGGGAGUGCUCCUUCUUGAGGGAAUGCGGCACGCUGCCCAACACCCAGCCUUACCAGACCAUUGUUGAAGGGGAUGAGGGCUUCGAGUAUUGCAAGAAGUACUUCUGCGGCAAGAAGAAGGUCUCUCCGCCAGUGUCAUCGAUUGUGGAGUUCAUGUGCCCCCGCGUGCUGGUGGACAGGCUUUUUGCCAUGCAGUGGAAGAUCGAAGAUGGGGCUCGAUCCCAUGGCCUGGGUGACAAAGGCGGCAAAGGGCUGCCCCUCUUCAACGAAGCCUUGGAAUCCGGGGCGAUCUCGUGGCGCAUCGUCUUUGUCAAGCGCCCUCGAAAGUGA